AUGGGAGGGCUUCCAAAUCACAGGUUUUCGGUCGAGAAGAAUCGUGAAAUCACUAGAUUUGAAUCAACUCUUGGCUCGCUCACCAGACGGCUGAGUCUAGCUAAGAAUUCAAAGGAGACAAAGAGAUCUUUCUUCAACAUGCCACAGCCAAAGAAUGGAAGCGACGGCGACAGCCCAGCGGGCAGUAGCCAAGGUUCAGCAGGUCGCUACAAGAUCAAAAGAAACGGAAACACACCUCAUAAUGCUCCAGAACGUGCAGACAAUAACGAAGUCCACUCUGUCAUCGGAGAUUUCCUUCGUGCGACGCGCUCAGCACAGAAUGCUAUAGCUUCUGUUGAUGAGCUCUACCGACAAUGUGCGAAUGAUGUUCUAGAGGCAACUGAGAAUCGGGAGAGGGUUGAUGAAUUGAAAGCACUCUGCAGAGAUAAAGACGCUGAAAUCCAACAAUGUAACACCGCUCUUGAUGUUAUGUUGAAGAGAAGUGAAGACAAAGAGGUUGCUCUGGAGGAUGACAAAGCGCAUCUCGAUGAAGAGAAGGAGAAGUUUGAGCAGAUGAAGAGCGAUUUCCUUCGAUCCAAGCAGAAGGACGAGAGCAGAGCACGAGAACUCGAGGAGCGGAUCACAAAACAGGCAGAAUCAAAGUUGAAGAAAGACACUGCCAACCUUGAGAAAAACUUCACAGAGCGCCAAGCCAAGCUUGAGAAAGACCUGAAGCAACGUGAGGCAGACAAUAAAAAGAAAUUGACUGACCUCGAGGCUGAGAACAAGCGUCUUUCAAACCAGGUUAAGGAUCUCAAGAAUCAGGAAGAUUCCUAUGUCAAGACACUGGCACUUGAGAAGGAAAAGUUUGAAGACAUGGAACAGUUGAGGAAGAUGUCCAAGGAAGAAGCGAUAAGAAGUCAUAAAGAGCUACAGAUGAUGAAGGAGGAGUUUGGACUGGUCAGCAACCCUCCAGAUUUUUUCCAGAAGAGAUUUGGCGACAUCGCUAAACAGAUCCAUGUUAUUUCCACAAAGUUCUGCCAAGGUUUGAAUCCAAACGACUGGGCAUCAAUCCAUGGGAAGCUGAAAGACAUAGAUUCCUGCUUUGCCAUAGUCCCAAUCUCCGACAGCUCGGACUCAAAAUUACUUCGAACUGCUCACACAGAGCGCAUCCUCUCUUCCACUCUUAGUACCCUUAUAUUCAGGCCAUUUUCAUCAGACAGCACUUUCCAGGCCGAAAGAAAAAACGCUACCAAUCUUCUCGAAGAAGCUGCCCUCGGUCUCGAACAUUUUGGAGGCAACAGGCGAGCUGCUGCUGUCCUCAGAUCUCUCGCUCUUCGGGGUCUUCGAUCAUCAAAUCAACUUCAGGCAGUAUCAGCUGCCCCUUCUUCACGUACUGACGCUUUUCUCGAGUCCGUAAAGCCUGUACUUUCCCUCUUGAUACCCCAGGCACAACAUGCAAAACUCGAAGACGCUCUACGCAACUUGGCAAAGGCGGCGAUUUCACUCUGGGACUCUGUCCAAAAUGAUGAGUUCUUAGACAUCCAAGCUUCAUUGGAUCUCGAUCACUCCUUCCGAUCCGAAUGGAGUUCUGCACUUUUUGAUCCGGACUAUGAGUCGAAUGAUCGCACAGUCUUGUCAUUAACCUGUCCCAAGAUCUUCACUCUCUUCCCUAACAUCACGGCCAAAGCUGUCGCUACCUUUCCCGAGCCGACUGUCAAUGUCCCAGGAAGUUUUGAGACCUCUAAAGUCGAGACACAGAUGCAAGAAAUUUGCAUCCAUCCUGGUGUUGGUAUGUGUGAGUCUUCGGCACUUUUCAUGAAAGGUAAAGAUGAGCAGGAAGAAUUGGAAGGAGAAUGGAAACGUGAAGUGUUGGCAAAGGAGUUGGAGGCAACAGAAAAGGCAAGAUUAGAGCGGCAUAAGAUGAAGGCACAGAGGCAUGGAUCAGUCACUAGCCUUCCGUCUCCUAGUGCGGAAUGGGUCAUGGCUGGAGAGAACAAGAAGUUGCUUGAGCAAUAG